UGACAGAUCUGGCUCCAUCAUCAUGCAUAUGUUGCAUAUGCAGCUCAGAGAUUUGUGCUGGCACAAGGUGCUGCAUCUGGACAAUUUGUCACGUCUGUGGAGUCAGGAGCGCUCAUCCUUCGAAGUUUAGCAGGGCAGUAUUCUAACCUCAGAGAUCUUGACAAAUAAGGCAAGCAGCCUGCUACUUAUCUCAGCUUAUUGGCUUAAUGAGGCCCCUCGGCCUUGCUACGGGAAUGUACUGAAACAAUGUGGGGGCACCCUUGGGAGUUUGCACCAAAUAUCAUAGCGUUCCUCACUAAGCACGGGGCAAAGGCAACGGACAUGGCAGGCAUGGCAGUGAGCAUCGUUUGAGCGUUAGCUUCCAAAGGUGGCAGCUUGGACUGGACUCCAUCUGGGAAUGUGGUACCAGGUUUUCUGAAGCCCUCAGGGUGCUGCCACUAAGCAUUGGAGGGUGUUUGAGAGACUCUGCAGAAGAAAAGGAUCGCCUUCCUAGGCCGCCGCUGACAUCAGCAUGAUGCGGGCCAAAAGAAGGGCCCAAUCACGGCCGUGGGAGCUUCUCCUGCUGCUCUGCUCCCUGUCUGGUCUUAUUCACACCUCAGCGGCUGAGUCCAGAAACAGUCAGCUUAGACACGGCCGGAUUUUGGCUGCUGCUCCUAAGUCCGCUCCUGCCCCCUCUCCAACGAAAGCACCCGGCUCUGCAAGCAGCAGUCCCUACCCGUUCAUGCCUGCGCUCUUUGUGUUUGGUGACUCCUUCGUCGAUACAGGAAACGUGCCCUACCUCACCAAGCAGGGGGCACCCUUCCCAUACGGCACCAGCCCCCGAAACGAGUAUGUUGUUAGCGGCCGCUUCUCAAACGGCCUGAUUUUACCCGACUACCUGUCCCAAAUGCUGGGCCUGUCGGCUCUCUCCCACCCCUUUCUGGAACCGAACGCGAGUUGGUACUACGGCUGUAACUUCGCCUUCUCGGGAAGCGGGGCGCUGCAAGCGGGCACCAAUCCCGGACCCUUGCCGGAGCAGACUACGGCUUUCAAGGACUUUGUCGGCAAUGCGACGCUCUACUGGCGGAACGUCCAACAGUCUGGCUUCUCUUCCGAGCUGUCCGUCGUGCCCCGGUACCCAAGGCCCGAGUUUUUUGCGGGCGGUUUGUACCUGAUCGUGAUCGGGGCGAACGACGUGCUUCCCAUCCGGGGAAACAUGAGCAUCGUCAAUGACGUGGCAGCGUCUCUGCAGUCCACGCUUCAGACCAUCUACAAUCUGGGCGGCCGCAACUUCGUCGUGGCCAGCCCUAUCGACUUUGGCUGCAUCCCAUUCGCGAUCAACGGCAACAAAGGCUUUUGCACCAACUGGGAAGAAGCCAUCUCGUCAGCGCUCGGGGAAGCCUACCGAUCUCUGUUAGCCUCUCUUCAAACGAAGCUAUCGGGCGCCACGUUUCUGUACCUCGACUUGUACAAUUUGACACGGACCAACUCGUCGAACGCACAGCCGCUUGGAUUUCCGGAGCCCCAUAGAGCCUGCUGUGGCGCCGGGGGCCCUGCGAAUAUUGACGCUCAGUGCGGUACCCCGCUUGCCACGUCGUGCAUAGACCCAGGGAGGCAUGUAUACUGGGACAACAUUCAUUUCAGCACCGACUUCGCAUCGGCUCUGGCGAGGGAGAUAUUUGCGGGGAAUACAUACAUACGACCGAAGAAUGUGAUGCAAGCCUUUGUGCUGCCACAAUUGGAAGCAACUUUCGCAUCAUUAGAAGGGCGAAUUUGACUGGUGAACUGACUUAACAGUGCUUUAAUCUCAAUUAAUCCUUAUGCUCUCAGGGCUGCAAGCCUCGAAACGCAAUUAGGCCUAGUCCUUGCUGGUCCAAAUUAGCGUUCUCCUAGGUGACCAGGAGGUGACCAGCUUAAGUUAUCCUCAGGUAACUGGUGACGACUGAGUCAGCAGGAUGUCUCUACUCCUGAUUAACAAACGAACGGAAAGGUUUGAACUGAUAAGUUACAGGUGAUUAUGGUACUUUAAUUGGGUCCCAACUCCUCAAUCUUUAACUUUCCCCAUCAAUCUCCAGGAG